GUUGCAUAGUGGAGGUCAGCCCAAUUUCAAAAUGUCAGAUGGGGAUUACGAUUACCUCAUCAAAUUUUUAGCUUUGGGAGAUUCUGGAGUUGGAAAAACCAGUUUCCUUUAUCAGUAUACAGAUGGAAAAUUUAAUUCCAAGUUUAUCACAACAGUGGGCAUUGACUUCCGGGAAAAAAGAGUGGUAUAUCGAUCAAAUGGACCAGAUGGGAAUACAGGCAGAGGGCAAAGAAUUCACCUGCAACUCUGGGACACUGCUGGGCAGGAAAGGUUCCGCAGUUUGACAACUGCAUUUUUCAGAGAUGCAAUGGGUUUCCUUUUGCUUUUUGAUCUCACAAGUGAACAAAGCUUUCUCAAUGUCAGGAACUGGAUGAGCCAGCUGCAAGUUCACGCAUAUUGUGAAAAUCCAGAUAUUGUACUGUGUGGAAAUAAGUCUGAUCUGGAUGAUCAGAGAGCAGUUAAAGAAGAAGAAGCCAAGGAAUUUGCAGAGAAAUAUGGAAUCCCUUACUUUGAAACCAGUGCUGCAAAUGGAACCAACGUGAACAAGGCAGUGGACACUCUACUAGACCUUAUUAUGAAGAGAAUGGAACGGUGUGUGGACAAGUCUUGGAUACCUCAAGGGGUGGUACAAUCCAAUGGCCACAGCUCUACAGAGCAGUUAACUGAAGAAAAAGACAAGGGCAAAUGUGGCUGUUGAGACCAAAUCUUAUUUUGAAAAAAAAAUAAUGGUCAUAUUUCCACCCCCAUUUUUAAAAAGCAUUUUUAAAAAAUAUAUUUAAAUAAUUGCAAAGAAAAUGUGUUUUGUUUAUAAAAUGGGCCAUUACAAGAGAGCCUAAUGCCACAUGCUUAAAUAUCAGCUAAGUACCAAAUGACAUUUGCUAAGCAUAAGGAUUCUCAUCAUCCAUGACCUCAUGCAAGGACACUUUCAAAGCCAAUGAACAUUGGUUACAGGCUACUGGCUACCUUAGCAUUUUAUUUACAGCCUUUCGUCUUACAAUGUUGCAUAACAGUAUUGUCUGCCUUUCUUCAGAAGUAAUCGUAUAGUACAAAUAUUUAACUCUUGUUUUUCUAUAGAAGAUGUUCUAAAAUUCUGUAUACUCUAAUCUGAAAUGUGUUGCAGCCCAUGUAUGUAUAUGUGCCACUGUUAUAAUUAAUCACUUAUAGAUGUAUACUGUUUUUGCAAUUAUAUAUACUAUUUUUUAUGUUUCAACAGGAACUUAGGGCAGAAAACUUGUCAGCAAAAUUUCAUCAGGGCUGGUGCUAAGAGAUGAAAUUGUAUGUGCCACGUGUACUUUUUGGGACCCUUUUGGAUAAAGCCAGUUCCGUACUGGUCCUGGUGAGACUUGCUACUCAAGAUCUCUUUUGGGAGGUGCAAAAUUCUAAAUCUGGGUUGUUGGAUAUACUUCUUGGAAAGUGCCUAGUUUAUCUACGAAACAAGUAUAUUGUUGAUUGUCUUUUACUGUUGGUGUUAUGUUGGUGGGCUCUCUGUUUCAUAUAAUUAUUAGUAUUUGAAAUUCAGACUAGAUAAAACCAAAAGGGUUUUUAAAGAAGCAUUUAAUAUAUGUCACAAUAUUUUAUAAAUGUGAUUUAUUUAAAUAACAAGAACCUGCUUGCCGUGGCUUUCAUUUCUUCAGUUUAAUUUAUUCAUAUGGUUUCCAGCAAGCAAAUGUUAAAAGCACAGAAUAAGCAUGGAAGUAUAACAAGGAUACUAACACAUAUGCAGUGUGAACAUACAAGUAGGGACAUACAUUCCGAAUUUUUCACAUUUCUUUUUAGUGGUUUUUAUUUUUUUUUUACACAGGUGAAAGAAAGAGGGGAUUUGGUGGAUAACCCAGCCUGUUUUCAUAGCCAGAAGGAAUUGAUGAAUCUUCAUCAGUAUUCCAAAAAGUUGUUAUAAGCUUUUACUUUUCAGUCCAUAAUUGUACAGGUAUUGGACCUGUUAUCCAGAAUGCUCGGGAUCUGGGAUUUUCUGGAUAAUAGAUAUUUCCGUAAUUUAGAACUUCAUACCUGAAGUCUACUAGAAGAUCAUGUAAACAAUAAAUAAACCCAAUAGGCUGGUUUUGCUUCCAAUAAGGAUUAAUUAUAUCUUAGUUGGGAUCAAGUACAAGGUACUGUUUUAUCAUUACAGAGAAAUCAUUUUUAAAAAUUCUGAUUAUUUGGAUAAAAUGGAGUCUAUGGGAGACAGCCUUUCCUUUAUUCAGAGCUUUCCAGGUAACGGGUUUCCAAAUAACCGAUCCCAUACCUGUAUCAUACUAAUAGUGUUGUGUGCCACAUUACAAGGGGUCAUUGCAUAGCCGAUUACAUGACAAAGCCCAAUAUAUCUGCUUAUUGACAGAUAUAUUGCGAUGCAUCUGCUAAUGCAAAGCCAGACUGAUAGUCUCAGUAGCCAUGGCCCAACAGCUGCAUUCAUUUGCUGGACUUUCCUGAAAUCCAAACAGGCCAACAAAAGUAUCUGGUUAGAUUCACUGCAUGAUGAAAAUUUAAUGUUGUAUCUAACAAAAUCUUCAUUGAAAUGUGUACAUUUGAUCCCUGUGAGAAAGGGUUUUCUCCUAUGAACCUGAAUCUAGCCUAUUACCAGAAAACCAGGCUGGGAAUCUACUAGAGCACUAUUUGUUCUUUGUUUUCUAGUUUUGUGGAAAUAGGAUUAGAAUGCUUGGUGAGGGUUUCUUUGGAUCUACUGUAGGUUGCUCAUCAGCAAAUACAGUCAGGUUACUAUGCCAUAAUUAAUAGGUGCUGGAACUCCUGCUCAGCUCCUGUCCUAAAUCCCUAUCCUACUUGCAUUCAGGUCCCAUAAGUGACCUGGCAUGAAUCCAAUGCUUGCACUCACUUACCUUGCAAAAAAAAAA